AUGGCCGCUGAACAAGAUCCCCAAGCGUUCGAGAAGGACUUCGGAAACAACUCCGAUGGUAUCAACGGAGCUGCUCCCACCCACCAGCUGUCCGCUGAGGACACAGCCAGGGCUGCUGCGCGCUUCGGAUAUGGCCCUCUCGCUCACGUCAACACCGCUGAGGCUCAACUGCGUCCCUUCGGUGGUGAGUUCCAACCCGGUCUGUACAAGUCGGUCGAGCACCGCAAGUUCGGUAACCCAGCCCCUCUGGGCCUGUCUGCUUUCGCCCUCACCACUUUCGUGCUGAGCGCGAUCAACAUGGGUACGCGCGACAUCGCUGAGCCCAACAUUGUGGUCGCUUUAGCUUUCGGCUAUGGUGGUCUUGUUCAAUUGCUUGCUGGCAUGUGGGAAAUGGCCGUUGGAAAUACCUUUGGUGCCACCGCUCUGUCUUCUUAUGGUGGUUUCUGGCUUGCUUUCGCCAUCAUCCUGACCCCAGGUGGAUUUGAGAUUGCGGACGCUCUCGGAGGCGCUGGUACACCACAGUUCGAUAACUCUUUUGGAUUGUUCCUCUUUGGAUGGUUCAUCUUCACCACUAUCCUGCUGUUCUGCACCUUGAGGUCCACCGUAGCCUUCUUCUUGCUGUUCUUCUUCCUGGACCUCACCUUCUUGCUCCUCGGUAUUGGUUAUCUCCACCGUAACUCCGAGGGCAAGCCCAACCCCCCCGUCAUCAAGGCCGGUGGCUUCUUCGGUCUCUUGGCGGCAUUUGCAGCUUGGUAUAACGCCCUCGCCGGUAUUGCGGACAACAGCAACAGCUUCUUCAUCCUCCCCGUCGCCCAUUUCCCCUGGUCUCCCACUGCCCGCAGUCGCAAGACCGAGCGCGAGACCGCUUAG